GCGACUUCCAGUUAUGCUAACAAUAUGAACAUCCUCAAUUGUCUCAACUUGUUUGUUGUCUCCUUCCACCAUUUUUGAUAUCAAUAUGGUUUUUCCAAGGCCAUUUCCUACGGAUUCAUAUGACACGGAAACCUCUGAAACUCAGGCAGAGACGGAAUCUACGCUCUUGAAGCACCUGCCACUGGAUCCUAACACGCCAUUAGUGUUGCAGAAGAAUCUGCAUAUGCAGUAUUUGGUGCGAAACCUUACCCAGGGCCUGCCGACGAGAUAUACUAGCCAGGAUGCCAGCCAGCCAUGGUUGCUGUAUUGGACGCUGCAAAGCUUUAGCAUUUUGGGAGUCGCGUUAGAUCCAGAUAACAAACAAAGAACCAUCGAUACCAUCCUUGCAUGGCAGCAUCCGGAUGGUGGCUUUGGCGGUGGACCAGGACAAGCUGCUCAUCUAUUACCUACGUAUGCCGCAGUAAGCGCUCUCGCCAAUGUAGGGAGACCAGGUCCAAGAGGCGGGUGGGAUCAGGUAGAUCGUGCCAAAAUGUACAAGUUCUUCAUGUCUCUCAAGCAGCCAGAUGGUUCCUUCCUUGUAUCACAUCAUGCCGAAGUAGAUGCUCGUGGAAUAUAUUGUCUUCUCGUGACAGCCUAUCUCUUAAACCUCCUCACGCCUGAGCUUGUAGAAGGAACAGCAGGUUUCGUAGCUUCUUGUCAGACUUACGAAGGCGGCUUCUCAUCAUCCUCUCAACCUUACUACUCUCCCGGGCCCAGUGGUACAUCAACCAUAUUGAAUGCCCCCCGGCCACCGCUUGGCGAAGCUCACGGUGGAUACACAUUCUGCUCCCUUGGCUCCUGGAUCAUGCUUCAGCCCUUCUUGGCUCUCGAAGACCCCUCUACGAGGCCAAGUGUCGACUUCAAAGCGCUGCUUAGAUGGCUGACACACAUGCAGGGUCUACCGAUCGAGCUGGGCGGAUUCAGAGGGCGCACGAACAAGCUUGUGGACGGGUGCUAUUCAUGGUGGGUCGGUGGAUGUUUCUCUCUCCUUGCUUCGUUAGGGAUAGGUGGAGGCCAAGGACGGGAUGUGGACACGGGGUCAUCGGACUCUGAAGGUGAGUUGUGGGAUGAAGUCGAUGAUUCUCUCUGGAAUCGGAUUGCACUUCAAGAAUAUAUUCUAUUGGCUGGUCAACAUCCCGCUGGUGGGCUGAGGGAUAAACCUCCAAAGAGCUCAGAUGCUUACCACACAUUGUACUGCCUCUCAGGUCUUUCUUCUGCACAACAUAAUGUCUUUCCUUCACCAGCACGACGUUCCCAGCUUCGAGGAUCAUGGAGUCCAGUCUCAGAAUUCAACGAGAUACGUAAAGAAGCAUUUAUAGAAGCUUUGUCGUGGACGGAGGAGGAAGGGACCUCACAAAUUAUUGGAGGACAGGGAAACCGCGUUAAUGCGACGCACCCUCUGUUCAACCUCACGAUUACACAUACCGAAGCUAUGAUGCAGCAUUUUUACGGGCAAACAUUGCCUCAGCGUAAAUUCUGAUCCAGCGAGGAGAUACAUGCUCUGAAGAAAAGCUAAAGAAGGCUUAACUGGCCGGUAUAUAUUACCCCAAGCCUUUGUUUUUAUCUAGCACGUCCUACAGGAAGAAUGAUAGUUGUAUACU